GGCAAUGCCUCCAUGAGCCGCAUCGGAGACGUUGUCAUUGGACGCACCUUGUCCAUUGCCGCAGAAGGACUUCUGGUGAAGUUGCCUCAGCAAGAUGCUCCAGCCCUGCUGCCUCGCCAGGUAGCAUACAGCGGUAUCACUGUGGGCGAUGAGAUCUGUGAUCUAUUGGUAGUUUGGCUCUACCCCAAUGGUCGCGGUGCCAGUGUCGUGGUGCCGGAAGCUGCCGCCGAGGAGCUGGUCACUGGUGUUGUCAGGGAGCCUGUUCCGACACCAGAGGCCCCUGCGCCUAGUGUGCGAAGCAAAGGUCGUUGGGGCGCCGCCAGCAGCUCCGAACCGCCCGCUGCCGCGCCUGCCGCGCCGGCCGGCGACGCGCGGCUGAUGCCCUUCCUGGUCCAGGCAGCCGAGGCGCCGAGCUACGCCAGCGUGGCGCUGGUGAAGCCGGAGAGCACCGGGAGCCAUCGCUGGACCAAGAAGGAGGAGAUUGCUGCACAGGAAGAAGCUGCUGUGUGCUGCUACUCCAAGCAGCAACUGUUGCAGAUUCGCAACUCUCUCCUCUUGGUGCAGGACGCUGGAGAAUCGGCCUCCUCACCUCUGCCAACGUCCAUGCCGUGUCAAGAGGAGGACCUGGAUCGCAGUAUGCUGCAGAUGGUCGUCAGCACACGUCAGCUGCCAGUCUGGUGGACGCGCUGUAGCCGCGAGAGGUUGGCAGGAAACAACGGAAGGCCGGUCUUUCUUACCUGUUCUUUUGCCCCAGCCAUGGAUCCUGGUAAGGCAUUGGAAAUGUGUAUUGAGACGGUUGGGUACACAGCCCACAGAAUCACCAUCGGAGAUGUCAAAGGUGUCCUUCACACUGAUUUGCGGUGGAGCCAGCAGUUUCAUGUUGGAGCUAAGCUGUCAGUUAAAGGGUCUCAGAUGCAGUUUUAUGAGGGAGAAAUCCAGUUUUUUGCCUUGGAAAAGGAUGGAGCGAUGAUUUUCAUGCAUGCCUCAGAGAUGCGAGGAAAAGUCAAUACCAUGGAAACGUUUGCAGGGUUAGCAGGAUGGUCUCAGGUACUUAGGCAUUUCGAUGACCGUCCUACACUCCUUGUGGAAGCCGAUGCUGACACAGCCAGUGUAUGUGCCGCCCAACUUGGCAUUCCAUGCCUUGAUGCCAAGACGUACAUUGAUCGUGUCCUUGGAGGUGAAAUGAUCCCAGCUUGCAUGUUGUGUGAAAGGGUUGAGAACCCACAUGUUUGGGUCGCAGCCGGCCUUGCCAACAUAGGAAGGGUUGUAGGGUCACCACCGUGUCAACCAUGGUCGGGAUCUGGAAGCAACAAAGGGUUGUCAUGUGAUGAUGGGAAGGUGUUCCAAACCCACCUUGAAUGGGCUGCAUUCAUGAAAGUUGAUGUUGUGGUGAUUGAGAAUGUAGCCGGGUUGAUAAAACAUGGAGACUUCAAGAUGAUGGUACGGGCAAUUGCUGAGCUAGGUUUGGACUUGAAGACACAUGGAGUUUUCACUUGCCACCAGUUGCUGCCGGUACGUAGGGAUAGGUGGUUGGGUACUUUCGUGCGUAAGGAUGUGCCUGUUGAUGAUGAAAGAGUGAAGAUGGCCAAUGCGAUUGGCUUCAACAAUUGCAUGUUUGCCUGUGUAGCCAAGACGCCAAAAGUAGGAUCGUUUGACAUGGAGCACAAGCGAUGCAAACCUGAGGAGCGUGUUGAGUUGGUUGUUCCAGAUGCAGCCAAAGGGAUGCUUGGAAACCCGAAGUUUGCACCUUGGUGGAUGAAGGAUGUAUGUGCCAACAUGACGCAUGAUGAAAUGAUUGAAAGCAGGGUGGUGAAGCCGGGCCAACAAUGUCCGUGCUUCAUGGCCACCUAUGGCAAACAGCAUGAGUUGGAUGAACGGUUGUUGAUGGAAAAAGGACUUCAAACCAUGUUGAUCCGUGAUGCACAUGGGGUACGCAUGUUGUCUCCAUGGGAAAUGCUGGCUGCAAUGGCCUACAAACCUGAAACCGUUGUUAGUGCUGAUGUGACUAAAGCAUGGAAACAAGCCGGAAAUGGGUUGUCAGCUGUUCACGCUUGGCUUGCUGUCCAUAAAACAUAUGUUUUGCUGGGAAAGAACUCUCCAUGGGUCGGUUCCUCAGAUCCCACGAGACAUGUUGCUGAAGUGUUGCAGGCGGGUAUGAAGUUGUCAUGCUUUGAGACGCUCAAAAGCGAUGGGUGUUGGAAGUUGAUUGAAUAUGAUGGUGAAGGUGAUACGGAACCGGCCACCAAGAAAAGCCGUAAUGGUGACAUUCCGCCCACGGUGCCUUUUAAUGCUGAGGAAGAUGAAACCAGCCCUGUGGCUACCAAAGCAUUUGAAAAAUGCCCCAAAUUUGUGCAGGUUAAUGACCCAAGAUGGAAUGCCACUCUUGCUGCAGUAGGUGGAAGCCGCUUGGUCAUUCUUGAGCACAUGGAAAAACAUUGGGUUAUGUUUGUCAACGUACGGGAUGGUGACAAUGUUGCAACGGCCAUCACGAAAGGGUUGCCACAUGCUAAUGCUUGCCACUUUCUAUGCUUGCGUGUUGAUGAUGUGCAAACGGAGUGGAAUCAGGCACUUCCCAGAAAGGCCAUGCAAAAAAUUGUUUUCGAUCCGGUAUUUUCCACAGUGACUUGCCGAGAAGAAUCCAUGCCAUUGGACAUCAAGGUUCAAACAGAUGUCACUUGGACUGCACGGACAGCCAUUGCAUACCUGGCUUGUGAAGUUGGUUGUAACCCUGAGGCAAUGACGUUGUUCCAUGGUCGAAUUGAGGUGCCUGACACGGCCUUUUUGGCUGCAUAUGACACUGUUGAAUUUGACUUGAAAUUCAAAGCUUGUUUGCCAGCUUACGUCUCUUGGGAACGAAGUGAUCGACAAAUCAAGGAUCCAGGUUUUGUGUCAUCUGCAAAGGAUACACGAUGGUGUGUGCGACAUCCAAAUCGGAAAAUUGUCCGUACAUGUUCUGCCGAUGCCACCUUCACUGUUGCACGUACUGUUCAAAUUCUGUUUCCGGACUUGCAUGCCAACACACCAUGGGGAGCAUUCUGUGAUGGGGCCGAGGUGGACCCAGGAGCGCUUGUCAAUGCCUUGCCACAGUUCACAAUUCAGUGGAACGGAGCACGUCCUUUGCCUAGGUCCGAGGUUCAAAAGGUGCGUUGGUCCCAAGAAAUUGACACUCCCAGUGUACAGGCCAAGAUGUAUGAUGAAUAUGCAGUUCUUGCCCUUAGGUCACCUUUCAGAGCCAAGCCACAAGAACUCCGAUGUCCCAAGAAUGCAUACGUAGUUGAGAUUGCAGCCAGCUACAUGACCAUGUCGAAAGUGUUCACGAGCAUGAUUAUCACUCAGAAUGGCCGAGUGAUUGAUCCCAUGACGCAGGUUGAACAUGUCAAUGAAAGUGCAGUAGUUGAUGUGAGAAUCUGUCCCCUAUUGGGAGGAGGUAAGGCAGAAAAAACAGAAGCGUUGAAAAGCAAGUUGAAGAUCAUGCUCACCGACCGUGGUGUGCCUAUGGAUGUUGUAGGUGAAAGAAUGGGUGAAAUGCUUGGAAAAAUUCAGCAUGACAAGCUGCAGGCUCUGGGUGAUCCCCAAGAUCCAAGCACAUGGAAAUCUCUCAAAGAAAUGGCAAGUGAUGCUAAGGUUCGCCUUAUCCUGCCAGCUGAAUUGAAAGCUUUCCAGCAGAAGAGCCGCAGAGAGAAACCUGCCAGCAAGGUCGAGGUUAAAAGGCAAAAAACGUUUACACCUGAGGCACAUGCCAUCAGGGUUGACCCAGCACACUUUCAAGCAGAAGGGAAGAAAGUUCAGCUGCUUGAAGUCAGUAGGUUUGGCCCUGACCAGACAGGUCUUUGCAUCGUGUCGCCAGAAGAGGCAAAGAGAUGCCAGCAGGUCGGAGCGAGAUCAUGUGAUCCUCUUGCGCUGUUGGUGAUUGGUGAUGGAGUUCAGAAUGUUGGAUCGACCUUCUCUAUGCCUGCGCAUUUGACCAAUGGGUCGCCAGUCAUUGUCAAGGCAUGCCUUUUGCAAUUUGGAGAUACUGAAAUUGAGUACCGACUGCAGUUGCCCACAGCAGACGUUGUCCAGACUGCAUCAACUGUGAUUGAGUUUGGGAUUCACAAGAGUUAUGUUGGAAGUUGGCAAGACACUGCAGUGCCAUUGCACUAUGUAGGG